CGGAUGAGAUAGCGCGUCCUUCAGAACUGAGGCAUGCAUCAAGCAGUGAGAUCAUUCGUGUUAUAAAUAUCUCCUUGCCAGCGGAACUCCUCUCUACUCCAGCGAGCGAGCGCGGGCGGCCAAGGUAAUGCCCACCAGAGCUGCAAGUGUAUGCGUGCGCGCACGGUUCCUCGUGCAAACGACUCGAGACCGACGCCAAAAUGCUGGAAGUGGCCUCCUAGCGCGCAAAAAGUGUUCCGUCGCGGAAGAAUGAAUGUUCCUCUCUACGUUGUCCUCUUCGCUCAGCUGAUUCGCACCGCUGCUGUCACUGGAUCUAACCGAGUUUCCCCGGAGCAGCAACUGCUGGAGGCUAACAUAUCAGGACGCAGGACGGGGAGACUGUACUGUAGGGUCGGCAUCGGUUUCCACCUUCAGAUUCAUCCCGAUGGCAGAGUAAACGGGAGCCACGAGCCCAAUCAGUUGAGUGUACUGGAGAUCUUUGCAAUCUCUCAAGGUGUGGUUGGCGUCCGAGGCGUUUUCAGCAACCGAUUUCUGGCCAUGAACAAGCGGGGACGUCUACAUGCCACUGAGACAUUCACCGAUGACUGCAAAUUCCGGGAGCGUUUCCAGGAGAACAGCUACAACACGUACGCGUCGGUGGUCCACGGAGGGCGGCGCUCGGGGCGGCUGUGGUACGUGGCGCUCAACAAACGCGGCAAGGCCAAGAUGGGCUCCAGCCCGCGGGUCAAGGCGCAGCACGUGUCCACGCACUUCCUGCCGCGCUUCGCACUUCACGAGAGGGCCGAGCACGGCUUCACCAUCGCCGAGAGAGGCCAGGAGAAGAGCAAACCCCCACCGGCGCCUCCUCCACCACACCGGAGCCCCUCCAGAGCCCCUGCAGCAAAGACAUCCAUUAGCACGGGACCGAGGCCUAGUCAGCCUGUGAAGUACUGGCCCAAGUUCCGGUUCGGGUGAAAGCCGCGUCCUAAAGCAGGACUAAGGAUAGGGACAAAACAGAGAAGGGUUCUUCUUGGUGGACCUCUGGCACCGUGGAAAAGCCGGUUCCUUUUUUGGGAUGUUUCUGGACAAGUCAUGUUCAGAGCGUUCUGUUAAGCAUUCCGACUAUCAGUCAAGUGUCAACCAAUGAGCUGGAUGGUCCAGUCUUGGGAUGGUUGUGGAGGAGGAAUGGACAAACCUGAAACCAAAUACUGUGCUGUAUGAACAGGGUAUAUUCUUCCAAACAUGCCAUAUAACACACGACUGAGAACAGAGGACACUAUUUGCCUAUGUGUUUAUGGUAUUUUAUUUUACAUUUUUUACAAGCAUGGAUGUACUUCCUGGUGCAUAAAACACCAUCAUUCAUCCCACAGACUUAAUUCAAACUCUUUUAGAAGAGGUGUAUACCUCUUUAUUUAUAUUACCAAAA